AUGCCGGAAUCUGCAGUUCUCCGGAAUUACAUCGGAAUCAACGGAUAUGUAUUGGGCAAUUUGGAUCCACGUUACGCAGCCGAAGUGCGUGACAUCAUCAUCAACCCACCGGCGACUGAACCAUAUGCCACCAUCAAGGAAGAAAUUGGGGACAGAAAACCAUCACAAUUUCUGCGUCACCUCCGAAGCCUGGCUGGAAAUUCAACUCCUGAGAACCUGCUGCGAACAAUCUGCUCAGGUCGCCUUCCUCAAAGCCUUCAGACGGUCAUAGCAACGAUGAAAGACAAGCAGUUGGAUGAAGUGGCCGAAAUCGCCGAUUACAUCAUGGAAGCAAGCCAAACACAGUCCAUAAUAGCAGCUACGGCCACGCCUACUCUACAGUGCGAUUCCAUCCAACAGCUGACCAACAAGGUACAAGCACUCCAAAUGGACUUAAACCACAUAAGACGACACAUGGCGAGAAACUCGAGAACAAGAUCUCGAUCAAUUUCAAGUGGUACUUCUUCACGAAAACGGUACAACAGCAACGACAGGACCAGUGGCCUUUGCUAUUACCACAGCAAAUUCCAGGACAAAGCACGGAAAUGCAUUCCUGCGUGUAGGAAGUCAUCGGGAAACCAACCAGGAGCUCACUAA